CUCUUAUAAACCCAGUCAUCAGUCUAAAAAUGAAAGGAUUGCUUGCAUUAUUGUGUAUAUUCUUGUUUGUAUACGGUUACAAUUGUUGUUCAAGUGGUUGGCAUUCUCACUCUGGUUCAUGUUUUAAAAUCUAUCCAGAACGAACAUCCUGGAACAGUGCUAAGGCCAGUUGUCUUCACCAUGGUGCUGAAUUAGCUGAGGACCAUGAUCAUAGCACUCACAGCUUUUUAGUCAAUCUCAUUAAAAAUGACCCCAGUUACAGAAGUUCAAAUCAUCAUCAUACGGGAAGUUUUCAGCCAAUUUACUGUAUUGGAGCAACUGACCACAACCUUGAUUAUGACUGGCAGUGGGCGAGUACGGGUAAAGUUGUUUACCCAGAGAUGUUCGGCGUACACCAACCUGAUCGAUAUAUGGGUUCCAACCAGGAGUGUCUUGCAAUCAAUGUACGAAGCGACUGGAGCGAAAGCAGUAAUUGGGACGAUGUGAGUUGUGGCUCUAAGCAUUACAUGUAUAUCUGUGAAAAAAAAGAUUCUGGACACGGUGGAUCCCAUCUUAUUGGAUAAUUAAAUGGAGAAAAUGGGUCGACUACGUUUAAAGGCAUGAAAUAAAAAAAUAAAAAAA